AGAAAAUAGUUUUAAAUCUUCUGAGAGCCGAAAGAAAGAAAAAGGAAAAUAGAAAACAAAAAUCCUCUCUUCUCUUUCCAAUGGAUCCACUGGCGCAGCUGAGUUUGCCGGCGGGUUUCAGAUUUUUUCCGACCGACGAGGAGCUUUUAGUUCAUUAUCUUUGCCGGAAAGUAGCCGGCCACCAUUUCAGCUUGCCGCUCAUCGCUGAGGUUGACUUGUACAAAUUCGACCCAUGGGCUCUACCCGAGAAAGCUUUAUUCGGGGAAAAAGAAUGGUACUUUUUCAGCCCCAGAGACCGGAAGUAUCCCAACGGAUCUCGCCCCAAUCGGGUUGCGGGUUCGGGUUACUGGAAGGCGACCGGAACGGACAAAAUAAUCUCGUCGGAAGGGAAGAGCGUGGGCAUAAAGAAGGCACUGGUGUUCUACGUCGGAAAAGCUCCGAAGGGAACAAAAACAAAUUGGAUUAUGCACGAGUAUCGCCUUAUAGCCUCUUCCCGGAAAACUGGAAGCUCCAAGCUGGACGAUUGGGUUUUAUGUCGGAUUUAUAAGAAGAAUUCGAGUAGUCAGAAGCCGACGGGAAGUAUUUCAAGCACAGAAUACGGCAACGUGUCGCCGUCGUCAUCGUCGUCGUCCCACAUCGACGAGGUCAUCAAAGGUCUUCCGGAAAUCAGGGAUGAUAGUUUCGCGUAUCCAAAAGCAACAUUACAACAAAACGACAUUAACAAAUUCAACUUCGAAAUACCAGGGGACUCCAUAAUCUCCGAUUGGGCGAGUCUGGCCGGGCUAUACUCAGUGCCGGAACUCGCUCCAAUGGAUCCUCCACAGCCGGGAACUUUCAAUUACAACAAUAACAGCGCCGAUCUGUACGUUCCUUCAAUUACAGCGCCGUUUUGCCAGGUCGAUUACUUGCCGCAACAGCGUGACUGUACUCGCACAUACGGCUUCAGCGAAUGAAAUGAAUCCAAAUCCAUUAGAAAGGAUUGUUGGAGUGUAAAUAGAAUUGGGAUUUGUUUGGGAGAAUUGGAUUCUGAAAGUGGAAAGCAUAAGCAAAACAGAAUGAAAAACAGAGCAUACUCUGCCAAUUGACAUGCUCAUUGUCCCAUCCUACUAUUACACAUCUAGGAGGAUCCACACACUUUAUUAUUACACGUCCAUUGGAGAUGAACCUUGAAUCAAUCAAACGCUUUUACUG